AUGUCUUUCAGAACUGCAUCUAUUAGAUUGGCUAGAACUGCUGCCUCCAAGGCUAUUUCUAAGCGUGCUUUGUCCGCUUUGGCCACUGCUGCCAGACCAACCAUUGCUAAGCAAUCCAUGGCUCCUUUAGCCACCAGAGGUCUUAAGACUAUUAACUUUGGUGGUACUGAAGAAGUUGUCCACGAAAGAGCUGACUGGCCAAGAGAGAAGUUGUUGGAAUACUUCAAGAACGAUACUUUGGCUUUAAUUGGUUACGGUUCUCAAGGUUACGGUCAAGGUUUGAACUUGAGAGACAAUGGUUUAAACGUUAUCAUUGGUGUUAGAAAGAACGGUGCUUCUUGGAAGGCUGCUAUUGAAGAUGGUUGGGUUCCAGGUGAAAACUUGUUUGAUGUUACUGAAGCUAUCAACAAGGGUACUAUCAUCAUGAACUUGCUUUCUGAUGCUGCUCAAUCUGAAACUUGGUCUACUAUCAAGCCUUUGUUGACUGAAGGUAAGACCUUGUACUUCUCCCACGGUUUCUCUCCAGUCUUCAAGGACUUGACUCACGUUGAAACCCCAACCAACAUUGAUGUCAUCUUGGCUGCUCCAAAGGGUUCCGGUAGAACCGUCAGAUCCUUGUUCAAGGAGGGUAGAGGUAUUAACUCUUCAUACGCUGUCUGGAAUGAUGUUACCGGUAAGGCUGAAGAAAAGGCUAUUGCCAUGGCUGUUGCCAUUGGUUCUGGUUACGUUUACCAAACCACUUUUGAAAGAGAAGUCAACUCUGAUUUGUAUGGUGAAAGAGGUUGUUUGAUGGGUGGUAUCCACGGUAUGUUCUUGGCUCAAUACGAAGUUUUGAGAGAAAACGGCCACACCCCCUCUGAAGCUUUCAAUGAAACCGUUGAAGAAGCCACCCAAUCAUUAUACCCAUUGGUUGGUAAGUACGGUAUGGAUUACAUGUACGAUGCUUGUUCUACCACAGCUAGAAGAGGUGCUUUGGACUGGUACCCAAGAUUCAAGGAUGCCUUGAAGCCAGUUUUCGCCGAAUUGUACGAAUCUGUCAAGAACGGUUCCGAAACCCAAAGAUCUUUGGACUUCAACUCUCAAGCUGACUACAGAGAAAGAUUGGAAGAAGAAUUGGAAGUCAUCAGAAACAUGGAAAUCUGGAAGGUUGGUAAGGAAGUCAGAAAGUUGAGACCUGAAAACAACUAA